GUCAGGGGUUAGGUUAGUUCGGCUUCGUCGGUCAUUGUCAUAGAAUAGUCUCAAAGUUAUCGCGUUGUGUUUGCGUAGGUCGCGAAUUCUUCUCCUUGGGCGCAAUUUCGACUAUUGCUCGUGAAUCUUUCUAGUUCCUUUCGAUAUUCUUUGUGAUUUGUGUGUUUCGUUGCGGAUAAUCAAGUGUUACCUACCAUGGAAUUUCGCUUCAACUUAAACAACUACAUCAAGCAGGAGUUGACGAAAAUUCAAAGCUCCCUCAUUCCCGAAGGAUUCACCUCGCAGGACAGGAAUGAAUACGGAAAAUGCGUGGAAGCUGUCACGGAAAUCCUUCACGACAUGGGGAUAGCCUCCCAGAAAGCCCAAGGCCUCAACGCCCCGAUCACCAGCGCUGAGAAACUCAAGAACUCGGAUCAAAUCUUAUACCUCUUCUCGGAUCUUCAGGCUAACAACGGGCGCGGGUUGGUGGUGGGUCUGCUGAAGAUAGGCGAGAAGAACCUGUUCCUGGUGGAUCGAACGGGAAAACUCCACGAGAAAAAAGCAAUGUGCAUCCUGGAUUUCUACGUUCACGAGUCCAAGCAGAGGAUGGGUUGCGGAAAGUAUAUGUUCGACCGCAUGCUCAAGGACAUGAAGGUUUUGCCGGAGAGCCUGGCCAUUGAUAAACCCUCGAAUCUAUUCCUGAAAUUCCUCGAGAAGCACUAUGGACUUCAUAAAGUGGUGCCCCAAAAUAACAAUUUUGUCGUUUUUGAAGAAUUCUUCCAAUACACCGAUCUAGCCUCAACUAAUCGAAGAAGAGACAUGAAGAACGGUCAUCAUGACAAAGUCCAAUCAGUUCAAGUUGGCACACAACAGAAUGGCAUGACCAACUACGGGCGGCACGCUGCUCUUAAACCUGUAUCAACGAUGGGAGAUAUUUUACAACCGAAUCACCAGCACAGCAAUAACAACAACAAUAUCAACGAAAAAUGUUCGAAAACGAUCAUCCAUGAAGUGAACGUUUCACCGAUCGACACAGAGCCAGCCUCCUCCGAACGGAGCCUCUCGCCUGUCUCAUGCGCUUCGUCGCAAGGACCGAACUCUGGCCGAGUUUCCCCAGCCUUCUCCUGUCGCUCCGAUGACCCGGAGCGACUCGACCUCAAGUUCCAUCACACGCACCUUUGGUAGACGCUAGCCAACACUUUCAUCACUCUCUUCACAUCAUACUGUUACCUGCUCCAGUCUUAUUUUUUCCUUUUUAAUACUUUAUUUAUUUUUAUUAUUUAUUCUAGUUGUUUUUUACUUGUUGAAUAGUUGAGUUCAUAGGUAGGUUUAUGUUUUCAGAGCCCUCCCCCCACACCCCCUUCCUGGCUGAGACAGUGAUAGAAUAAGAAUGUCUUUGGUUUGACGCAACGGAUUUUCAAUUUGGGACAGUGAAGCUUUGGUGUAGUUCACUGAAUUCUCAACUGAAAUUUGUGUUAAGUCAGUUUUUGGUUUGUAUUCAAGCGCACUUUCAGUGUUUCACUUCCAAUGACUUCUUUUGAUCCAUUCUUAUGAUUCGUAAUAAAAAAAAGCACUAUCAGUGUUUCACUUCCAAUGACUUCUUUUGAUCCAUUCUGGUGAUUCUUAAUAAAAAAAUAAAAAAAAAAUUUGGCAAAGAAAAAAAAAGAUGGUAAGCAUUACUGAUUAAAAGUUCAAUUCUAAGCAGCUGUAAGUUCAGCUAGAAGUUUUGGAACUUUAGUAAAGCUUGUAAGUUUAAAUGACAGUUCAGUAGGAUGCACUGAAAGAUUAGUCUGAAAGUUGAUUAGUUUGAAAGCUGAAUCUGUACUGACGGCUCUUGAAUUUUUUUUAAUUCAAUUAAACUAUUUGGUGCGAUUAAAUCGUAAAAAAAGCUCAGUCUGAAAGAAAAUGUCCCUAAUAAUUCCUCGCCUUCUUCAUUAGAGAGUUAACGCGAUAUAAUCAGUCGGAAAAUGCUAACAAUUAAUUGAAAUUCAUCGCUAGUGGCAUUAUUCUGUAACCCCUGUGCAAAAAAGUUUAGUUUCUCUGUAUCAAGUUGUGCGUUGAACAGGGUAUUGUACUGGAAACAAAGCCUUAUUCCAUUCAAUUUUUAGCUAAAAUACUCUCUUCAAUUUUGAUAUUAGUCAUUAAAUUCUCCUUUAUUCUUACAUGGUAUAGACCCAUUUACUUAAUUUAUUUUUGCAUUUUUAUCUUUCUCAUGAUCUGUUAUUGAACUAACCCUGUGAUCUUUAGACUAUGUCCGGGCCCUAGAAACAUACUUACAUAUGCGUGUUCAUACAUAUAUAUUUGAAAAUUUGGCUCAAGAAAAGUUUGUAAAGUGCUUACUUAUUCCCUCAUUGUAUGCUAACAAAAUUUGACUUCCUUGAUUUGUAUUUUCCAUUAAUGUUCCUUUGUAUAUAUUUUUUGAUAUUUGCAGCUCUUUUUUUGAAGUUGAAGUCUCAUUCAUUAACUGUAUCCAACUCUCGAUAGUAUGUGAACGAUAUUUAUUUCUGGACUGCAUUUGACGGUACUGUGUUUGUUCACAUUGAAAUAAAACAGAAAACAUUCAGAAGAA